UCGAGCAAGGGCAGAAGAGGCAGUCAGGGGCAAAACAGUCAAAGCACAGAAUCAGGGGCAUGGAGAGUAUAAUGAUAGCAGCAGUCAAAAGAGAAACUUGUUGACCACGGAUUGUGAUCCAAUUACUCAAUCGGGUGAUCAAACUCCUCAGACCUCAAACCCCAACACCAACACCAACACAUUAAUCCUCUCAAUGACUGAGCCGUGCACAAGCAAGAGAAAAUGGGAUCAGUUUGUUCAUGUUUCACACAAGGCUGUCCAGACCCAGAUGGAAAUCGAUGACAACUUGGGUUUGAACAUGAAGGAUACUACUCCUGCGGAAAAGACAUUCAGAGAAUUGCAGGAAGAUUUGAGAAAGAUUCAUGCCAAGAUUGUAGAGCAGGAAGAGAUCUUUAUGAAGGAGAGAGCUAAAUGGGAAGCUGAAAACAGGUGUCACUACAGCAAGAAUGAGUUUUUUAUCAACAGAUGUCGAUGGGAAACAGAAUAUAAGAAACGACACUUUCAGAGUGUAUAUGAAUAUAGAAGGAAGGCUGUUAAAGAUGUCCCUCGCUUUUGGGUUACAGCAAUGUAUGCUAACAAGAUAAUUCGUAAGGAGAUUGCAAAGCACGAUCAAGAUGCUCUCGAAUUCCUGAAGGAUAUCAAGUCAUGUAGGACAGAUGAUCUAAAAGGAUUCCAGCUGGAAUUCAUGUUUGAUUCUUCCAAUCCUUAUUUCAAAAAUGAGGUCCUCACCAAAAAGUAUGAGCUGAAGGAUGGAGGAGAGUGUACAUUCUUGAUGGCAGUUGGGACGGAAAUCAACUGGUAUCCUGGCAAAACCUUGACAGAAAGUAUUGAGAAAAUGACCAUUGGAUCUGAGGUUGUUCAAGUAGUCCAAACAUGUCAAAGUUUCUUCAACUUCUUUGCUACGAAGACUCAUCGGACUUCUCUUUGUUUGGAUGAAGAUGCUGAUAAACUCGAAGGCAAUAUUAUUCCCCUGGAUUAUGCAAUCGCUGUCAUACUUAGAGAUGAUAUCGUUCCACACGCAAUAUCGUGGUUUAAUUAUGAUGAAGAAGGUGCUAUGGAUGAAGAAGAUUAGACAAGAAAAAGUUGUAGAGGGUUCUAGAGGAGAGAUUGAGAUAGAGUCGAGCGCUUCAUUAUUGUGCAACCUAUGUCUAUUAGUACAUUUUAUUUGAUCUCCCUUAAAUUCCUGUUGAUCAAUAUCAUAUUUAGUUGUUUUCUGAGACAUAUUUCUGUUAACGUGCGACUCAUUGAGCUGAUGCUAGAUUAAGACCAGAUAUUUAUGACUUGAUCAAAGGGUUUUGGCUUAAAAAGCAUUUUAUGUAACAUAACCAGAACAGCAACAUAUGCUGCUAUUAUUAGACUACUCAGUUUUGUUUAUGAUCAUUGGGGUGGCUUUGUCAUCACUUUAUUUGUUGGUAUCAAAGAAGUUUCCUCAUAGGCAAAUAUAUUCCUACAUGUAACUUUUGAAUUAGAUUUAGGGGAUUCAUUAUAACAUGUGAACCUGUGUCAAGAAUUAGACUUGGUAGACCACUUGGUUCAAUUCAUUAGAUUUCACCCAUACAAUUGCAGCAACAGAUCUAAACUUUUCCGCUCACAUAUGUUCUUCAAACAAAAUUACAAAAGAGAAACCAUUGACUACAUUCCGACUCUUGCUAGAGGAUUGAAAUUCAAAGAUAUUAAAGUACAAGUAUGCCAUAUCUGCAGCUUUUCUACCAGUUUGAUCUGUUGGCUCAACCAAAUCCAGCUAAAAACAGACUAUGCACUACAAUUUUCCCAACAAACAAAACAUUUUUGUUUCCUUGAUGAUUUAAUCGAUUAUGCCCCUAGUUUAUUCAGUAUACACCUUUUGAGUAAAUCCCAAAUUAUACCUGUCUCAUCAUAAUUCAAAAGUGAAAUGAAACUAUGAAAGCAUUUUCCUAUCCCUUCACCACCCUUUGUAGACAAUGCACCCGAAUCCAAUACCUCUUCAAAUGAAAGAUUUAAACUCUAUUGAACAAUAAUGAAAAACUUAAGUGAACAAGAAAUAAACAAAAUUGGAUUCCGUUAAGGAUUUGAUAAAGAAAGGGAAAAAAAUG